AUGCUAGAAGAGAAUCUGGAUGUGGCACUUGAAAAGGCCGUGUCACUGGGUCUCAACUGUGACGCCGACACCCUUAAGAAACUACGACAAGUACCUCUUCUUUACCUGUCCCGCAUGAUGGGUACAUAUCUUACGAAUGAGAAGUACAUCAUUGAGGCGCUCUCUCUUUUGAGUCUAGCAACGGCAGGACGAGAAAGUCUACUCGAUGAAGAAGCUGUAGUUGUACUGAAGUUUUUCUCAGGUAAACUUUCAUCGUUACAGAUUGUUGAAACUUCUGUGGAAUGCAUAGCGAGGGUUAUUGAAGAUUUGUCCAUGCAACGACCGUGUAGCAAAAACGUUUUUGCUGAGUUGGCCAAUGGCUUCUUACCCAAUGUUAGGUUUCAGGCCUUGCCAACAAAAGUCCGGCGGAGUGGAUUUAAAAUUAUUAACUACAUGCUUUCAGAAGCUUCAGUACCAUGGCUUACCACGCCUGUUCUCCGUUUGCUUUUGGAAGCCAUGGAUGGGGAAGGGGAACCCGAACUUGUUGUAAACACGUUUGAGUUUCACCACUUUAUAAAUACCUUUGCUGAUAAAAGUAACCUAGCUCCUCUGAAAGAGGAGUACUUUGAUAGUCUCUCCAGUUACUUUCCCGUUGUAUUUUCCCAACCGCCAGGGUGCAAGGUGACGCGAGAUGACUUGAAACGAGGUCUCACCCGCUGUAUGACUUCUCCCUUGUACGUGGAUUCUUGCGUCUCAUUUAUUCUAUCAAGGCUGUCGUCGCCGUCGUCUCUUGUGAAGCAGGAGUCUAUAGCCGUCCUCUUGGAACUAUUCUCUUUGAAUUCGGGGUACAUCAUGGAUGAUUUGAGUAAUCAUGUCGUUUCUGUUGUAAGCCAUGUACGGAAUGAAACUAUCAAGGGUGUAUCACUGAGUUGUAAUGAAGGGGAUUCCUAUUUACGAGACUGUAUGAGGCUAUUGGGUUAUAUUGGCAAACAAGCCCAUGGAGCUUCAUCAUCACUCAUCGCCUCCUGGAUGGACCCAGUAACAAGCGGCGCUUUGGUCAGUUUGAGUUCUGGACAAGCUAUCUGCUCUGCAUAUGCCACUAUGGUGCAUCAUUUAGCUUGCAGUGAUGUUUCCUGUGGUGUUGCCCUCUUGUCACAUUUUAUGCCCCUGUUAUUGUUGAACCUCCACGAUGAGGUUGAUGGCGAGAGUGAAAAUGUUUUUAUUAUUCUCUCAGGUUUUUUGACGGGCAUUUUGGAUUUGUGUACCUCUGAUGAGGUGCGUUGCGGCUUGUCAUCGUCUCGGGCAGAAGUGAAGCGAAGUCUGGAAUUAAGCUCGCCAGGAUUACUCCGGCUUGUGGAAAGCCUCUUACGGGCCCUCAACACAACAACUGAAGCACCUUCAAAACUCAUCAUGUGUGAACUACUUUCAUCCGUAUUAAGUUUGGAUGCGUGCCUGCAUCCGUGGUUGCCUGCAGAAAUGUUUCGCGCGUCGUACGAAACCUUACUGCUAAUUUGCUUGCAAGGUGAUGAGGGAAUUCAAGCUAAGGCUGCCAGCUUUAUCGCUCGCAUUGGUCGUCUGGAAGGGAAUGCUUUGAAGGAUGUUCUUCCUCAUGUAAUAGGUGCUGAAAUUGUAUUUACCACAACUGGACUUGAGACUCUUUUUAAUGCUCUUUUGACGUCAUCUGUUCCCACCGCUCUUCUGGCAUUGGAGCUUUUGUUAAAUCCCUCGGCUUCAGUAGCAGCACAACUUUCAGAAACGGAGUUGUUUUCUUUGUGCGGACAUGCUCUUGCCGUAAAUGCGGACUUCUCAGAGGAAGCCAUAUCACAUUUGUUGCAUCUUGUGGCUUCUAAAAAUACACCAGCGAGCUUUGAAUUCUUAUGUGAGCUGCUUGCAAGGAUUCCUUUGUCUACACGUGUGAGAACCGUGCUAGAGAUGAUUGGCGGAAGACAGUGUAGCAUUCUGGCUAUUGCGCUGCUUGUUUCGUCUGACGCGGACGUGCUCCAGGUUGCGGAGACCUCAGAGCACUGGGUCACGGAGAUGUUGAACGCCGUCCAAGACGAGAAGCUUCUUGGCGUGGCGUUGCAAGGCGUGUCAGCCGUGUGCGUACAUGCGCCAAACGCUGCAGAUUGUUUCUUGGCAGGGUCAACAGGCCUAGAGCCAAAACUUCAGCUCGCCGUGUAUGCGGCCACCGCGCGUGGUCUAUUAAGGACUGGCGUGGAAAUGAAUGACAAAGUGGAGAGUAUAACAUUUAAUUUAAUGGACGCACUGUGUAGUGGUGUAGACAUUGAGGAAGCUUUGAUCACCACAUUUUUUUCUCCAUCAUCAGGCCCGAAUAAGAGUGUGACGCUUCUAGUUUCAAUUAUUCAGUGUUUACGGAGCAGAGAGACUCCUUUGCCAAGUACGUCACUGAGGGUCCUGCGUCAACUGCUUGCGAAGGGACCACUGGACCCGGACUUUGAGUGGGGUGGUAUUCUAGACGUAUGCGAGCAUGUAGCAAGACAGGAACCCUCAGAAGGCCAUCUUACUCUUCUUGUCGAGCUUUUGGAGUGUAUACUUUCUCGGAUAGGCUCCAAGGCCCUUUUCAUGAUGCGGCUUCUGGCAAACGAUGAUGCUCUCUUUCAAGCAGUGCUGAGUGCCGUGCGUUCCCCGGCCCUGCAGGUCCGAUGCGCUUCCCUGCGUCUCCUGUCGGAGGUGGCUCUCUUUGUAAUGCAGGCCCGUGAGACGAAUAACGAGGACGACUUAAAGUAUAAAAAACUCGUUGCAAAGGUGAGGGAUGAGGUACUGCACGUAACACAAUGUUCCCUGGCGGAUCACAAACGCCUGGUGCGUCGUGCUGCCGCACACUGCCGGCAUCAGUGGUAUAAAUUAAGGUGA